UUUACACAGCUCUAGUUGUGAGUAGUACAACGUGAGUGUUCUGAUUUUGGUUAGGUGACAAUGAAUACAUAAGUAUUUUUAUGGAAGAAAUUAAUACCAGUGCUCUACUUUUGCUUAAACAGAGUAGCCCUGUGCAAGCUGGGACACAAAGCGAAAUAUCACUAACCAGAGAUGAGCGCAUAGCAUCACUGGAAACUGAGAAUGCAAUGUUGUAUCUGAAACUAGCUCAACUCCGAAGUAACCUCCAAUACAGUCGGGAGGAGGUAUCUGGAUUUCAGUCGCAGUAUGAAUCAGAGACAAAAUUCCGACAGAAUGUCAUUGACUCCGCCCUCAGGUUCAAACAAGAGCUUGAGAGCAUCAAGCGAAAAAUGGCCUCACUACAACGGGUAGCAGUUGAUCUGCCGAUCCAGUUCCAGAAUGACAUUAAACAUGCCAACACCGUUGUUCAGCGUCACCGGCACAUGUUUGUGUCUCAGACAUCCAACCUGACAACUAUGCAGGACCAACUGAGCAAUCUUCAGGAGGCGUUAAAUGACAUUACAGACAGGCAUGCUAAGGAGAAGAAACGCAGACAGGAACUGCAUAACCUCCUCAUGGAGCUGCGUGGGAAUAUACGUGUUCACUGUCGUGUGCGACCCCUGAUGGACUUUGACCGAGGGGGAGAGGAUUCCAGAAUGCUGGGAGGCUCAGGUACCAAGUCUGAGGUGGUUGUCCACUACAUGGAUGAUGAGAAUGUAUGUGUUCGUACCACCAAACAUAACAAGGUGUUCGAAUAUGAAAGGGUAUAUUCUCCGGCUGAGGCCCAGGAUUCCGUGUUUGAUGAAGUUUCACCCAUGUUGACCUCGCUACUCGAUGGGUACAACAUCUGUAUUAUGGCGUAUGGUCAGACAGGGAGUGGGAAAACCCACACAAUGUUGGGCAGUCACAAGAAUGAGGACUACCACCUGAGGAUGGAGCCCCACAAAGAUGAGGGAGUCAUACCCCGGGCUGCCAGGGAACUCUUCAGGUUGAUCUCAGAGAAGCCAGAUGGCAAAAUAUCCGUGGAGGUUUCUGUGGUUGAAAUCUACAACAACGACAUCCAGGACCUCCUCAGCGGUGACCCUCAUGCCAAACAUGACGUGAUCACUGGUCCGGAUGGCUCUCUCAGCAUUCCAACACUCACAUCCAAGAAAGUAAAGAAAAUCCAGGAUGUGAUGUCAUUCGUGCAGUAUGGUCUGCGCAUGAGACGUGAAGCCUCCACCAUGGUGCAUGAGCACUCAAGUCGCUCCCAUCUCAUCGUGACCUUGACUGUGAACUCUCAGGCCCCUAGUUUCCUCACCAAGCCCUCCGCUCCCUCGCCCAUACCAGAAAAUGAGACUGACCCCAGCGGAAUCCCGUAUGCUGUGAGGGCGGCACUUCUGUCCCAUAUUGCCAAUGUUUCAGGUCGCAGGUUCGAGACAUCAGGACGGUCAAGGACAGCGCCCCCUGGUGGCCGGGACAGGAGAGGGAGGUCUGUCUCGCUGAUGUCCACGCCCAGUUUUGAGCCCCCUGCACCUGCUCCCCUCAACCAUGCCAUCAUCAAGACAAAGCUACAGCUGGUGGACCUUGCCGGCAGUGAAUGUGUCGGCAUGUCUGGAGUGACAGGAGCGGCCCUCAGAGAGGCGUCCCACAUCAACAAGUCUCUCUCCGCCCUUGCAGAUGUGCUGGGGGCCCUUGCAGAAAACCGGCCACAUGUUCCGUACAGGAACAGCCGUCUUACACACUUCCUGCAGGACUCUAUAGGUGGUAAUGCAAAGCUACUGGUUCUUCUUUGCGUUGCCCCAGCACAACGUUAUAUCACAGAGACUACCCAGUGUCUGGGCUUUGGACAGCGGGCGCGUCAGGUGCAGCGGGGACCCACAAAACGGCGUCUUCCGUCCUCCGCUGAGAAAGUGGGUGGUCCAGACAGGCCAGGCUCAGGGGGAAAGGUGUCAUUUAGAUAAAACUAUCUUAGUCUUAAUUUAUUUAGACAAUUUAUAUAUAUAUGUUUGUUGCUAAAAGUUAUUUUCCAAAGUGAGUCCAUGUAGUGUAUUCAACCAUAAAUUGAUCUUAAUACAAGGAGUAUAGUCUGUGUUCUUUCAUUGGAUUGUAGAAAUAUUUGGCAGAUACACUGAAUGGAAUUACUGAACUCUCUAUGAAAAGAAAGCUGAAAAUGUUAUGGAAUAUUGGCCAGAUCAAUGUCUUUAUGUGACAUUAAAAUCAUGGUGAUAUUGUUUUAGCAUUCCAACAAAGUUCAAUUUACUUAUACAUGUAUAAAGGAGUUUUCCGAGUGCCUUGAUGUUUUCCUCACCGAAUGUGUGUUCCUCACAGCAUUUAAACUCACUACCAGUGUUCUCAAUCAUGUUAUCAAACAUCUCAUAAGAUUGUGUUUCAUGUUGAAAAGUAUUUGUAGGAACUUGCCUUUAUUUGUGUAUUUUUAUAUUAACUUAUUGCUACGUCUGUGAUUGUGUUUUUUUAAAGUAAAUAAAAGCAUAAAAUUUA